GAAAGGUCUGACCGGAUGUAUAGGUAAUCUAUGUUGAGCUUGAUAGCGAUGCUCUCAGCCUCUCCUGAAUGAAUGACAUCAUGCGUGCUCGUGUCUGUCUUCAUCUGCGACAUGACACCGUGGGCCAGUAACGGUCACAAGGUUGUUUAAAAAUCCGCCGUUACACCACACGCGGUAAGAACAGCGCGUGAACGGUUUCCUGUUGAAUGAUGAUUCAGCGUUUGUUUGUGUUCGCGAGCUAACGUUAGCCUGUGUGGUGUACAGAACAGAGCACCAGGUACAGCUAACCCAACAGCUGCUCAGUAAUGCUGAGGCUUUAGGGGGAAUUACUGAACUGAUACACAGGUUAUUAAAUGGUCAGUGGAGGGAAUAAAUAAAUAAAUAAUGCGCAGAAUUUUCUUUGUGACAGGAUAGGAAAGAGUUAGCUGCUCAGGUUAUCCAGUUUGUCUCCUUGGCUUUAAUAUUUGUUGCUUCUUUUUUUCUAAAUAUCAGCACCAAUCUGUUUUUAGCAGAGUACUUCGUAACGAUGUGUCCUCUACAGUAACUGAAUCUUUUAUUUUAUUGGGAGCAGCAUAGAUAGCCUAAAUGUUUAGAUUGAUAGUUAAUAUCUUUAUUCAAUAAAUGCUGGUAAAUGAUUUUGCUGUUUGAGCACAGUCUGUGUCGUUUUAAUUGAAAAUUAAUGAGGCUAAAUCAGAAAUCCAAAUUGUGGUUGGUGUUAUUUUACCAAGUACAAUUUACUAGGGCUGAGAAAUAAGGCCAAAAAUGUCAUCACAAUGGGAUUUUCAAGUCUGCGAAUUAACCACAGAAUUAUGGUAUCCUCUUAGUAGUGGGGUUGAGGGAUAAAUAUUCAUGAAAUACAUGGAAACAUGGAAUUGCCUGAAAGGGUAUGUAUCCUUCAGUGUCUAUUUGUAAUCUUUUCACAUUUCUACAGAAUACAUUUUAUCGAAUAUGUUUUAAACAGAACUUCAAAACCGUUAGAGUCCUGAACAGUGUUGAUGGCAACGAGCUACAGGUUCGUAUUUACUGUGAGAUAUCACUCUACUUAUGAAAUACAGAUGCUACUUGUAAACAGAUUUGUGGGUUUCAGAGCAAGUGCACUUUAAUUUAACAACAACAGACGAUGGCUGUUAAUUAAAUGACAAGAAAAAUGAUGCAUAAAUGGUCUGCAAAAAUACUUUCUAUGAUUAUACUCAGGUGGCCUGCUCAUUUAUCCUGAAUGUUUUGGAAACACAGGGCUAAUUAGCGCUUUACUGAGGCCUGAAGGUCUUCUCAUCAGAUUUAAAUGAAUUUUUGAAAGAUUGUUUCUGUUUUCUAGGAGGAGAGUGAUGCAGCAGAAGUUGUGUUCCAGAGGUUCUGGUUCUUUCCUCUUGGAGAGAAAUGGCCAGGCCUGUGGCGCUGUCUCCUGUGACCGCCCAUUCCGUUGCCCCCGCUGUGGUGAGCAGGAGCGUUUUGGCAGCUUAGCCUCCCUCCGCACUCAUCUCGAAUACCGCCACUCCUACCGCUCACUGGAUGUGACCACUGGAGGGUUUAGCAUCACUGGCAAACUCCCUGACCCGCUCACUGCCGCGAUACCCUGGUACGACAUGAGCCUCCCGACCCGCAGGGGGCAGCAGAGCAUGGGGCGGCCACCUCAUGCCAGGUCCCUUAGUGACAGCAGAGACAGUGGAUACCUCCAGUCUUAUGGCUCUGUGAGGAGACGCACACAGAGUGUUGGAGUAGGGACACAGGCAGAUGAAGAGGAUGAAGAUGAAGAGGAAGAGGAAGUAGGGACAGAGGAUGAAGAUGUCGGGGAAGAGGAAGAUGAGAAUAAUGAAGGUGAAAUUAGAGAUGGUAGUAAAAAUGAGGAGGAUACCAGAAUGUCUGAGAAAAAGACAGAGGCAGGCCACCUCCGCUUGAACCACCAUCACUUCCCAUUCCCUCCUCCUGCUCCUCUGGGCCCCCCUACAGACCUGGACCUGGACCUACUAGGUGUGUUAACUCUUUCAUAAUUUUUGGGAUUUAAAAAUUUCAUGGCUUUCUGUGUGCAUGCUGUUGUGUUGUGCUUUUUUGUCUUAUUUGAGUGCUGCUUACGAAAGUGAAGUCAAGUUACCUAAACAAAUACCUUUGAUAAGUCUUGAUAUAGGAUCUUAAAACACAAAGAAAAUCAUCAGGAGAGAUAAGACAAAAGAACAAUUUUACUUUUCAGCUGCUGUAACCCCUGUCUCCCUUACUGUAUCCCCCAGAGCAGAACUCCUACUCCGGUUUGGAGACAGCAGCAGCCUCGGCCGCAGUUCGAAGGAGACUAGCCAGCAUCCUGCGGGCGGCUGACAGCACCAUGCAGCGCCGCUUGGCCAAGGUGAGCACGGAGCUCGCUCAGACUGACACCGAGCUCUUGUGUGAACGCGCUCACUCGCAGCACCUGGCCCAGGAGAGGCAGGAAGUGGCUGACAGGGAGAGGUCACUCAGCCGGCAGGUGGAUGUGGCUGUCAUGGUGAUUGCCGCGUUGAGGGAGCAACUUAAUGCUUCAGAAAAUGAACUAGAACGUCGAGAGAGGUAAAUGGCGUAAGAUUUGACUGAUUUGACUGAUUUCACUUUUUGAUGCUUUUUCAUUGUGUCAGAAAUGUUUUUAUCACAUUGUGUAAAGGAGACUUAGAACAGGGGAUGGAGACAGCACUCAUCAAGAGGAUUCAAGAAAGAGAGAGAGGUGUAUUUCCAACAAUUCUCAGUAGUUGGUUUAGGUAGAACCAGAGGCUGGCUAACAGGGAGGUAAGCAGUCAGGCAGGUUUGGGCUUACAAGAGCUCAGAGACAAAAAUAACAUGAUGCAUAAACAAAGCUACAAAACAAAGAGGAGACUUCAACAACUGGCAAUUGAACAUAAGAUUUUGUUUGGUGUAGAUUUAGGCAGGCUAGUGAGUGAAGUGAAGACCAGGAGGCUGAAGAGCUGGCAAAACAAGUGUAGCCAGGUGAGCAGAUGGUUGGGGUUGAAUGGAGAAAAUGGGGGGAAAGUCCAAGGACCUCAGGGGGAUUGAUGGGAAUCGAAAUCCGUCCAGAGAGAGAACAGAAGGAUGGGCAAAUACUGAUAUUUACAGACUGGUUGCUUUAACAGUUGCAUCUAAUGUGUCCCCUAAAACUGUGAUACAAGGGGGAUUGAGUACAAGCCCAAUUCCAAAAAGUUAGUAAAGUUAGUUCCAAAAAGUCAUGUAAUAUGUUGAUAGAAACAGAGUGUGAUGGUUUGAAAAUCAUACAUUUAAUUUCCUGUAGUGUAAAUACAACAUAUCAAAUGUUGAAAUGACAAAAACUGUAUUUCUUCAUGAGAAAUACAUGCUCAUUUGAUUUGAUGCCAGUAAUACAUUUGAAAAAGAGUUUGGACGGGGUAUGUUUACGUUUUUUGUGUAGUCACCUUUUCUUUUAGCAACACCAUGUUAACAUCAAGGAACCAGUUUCUGUAAUUCUUAAAGUUAAAUGUUUCCCAUUCUUGACUUUUGGACUUGGGUAAUUUGCCGACUGUUUUCAGUCGGUGAUAACUAUGGAGUGCAGGCAAACCAGUUUAGCAUGUGGACUCUAGAGACUGUGGACUGUAGAGCCAUGAUAUUGUAAAACAGGUAGAAUAUGGUUCUGCAUUGUCUUGCUGAAAUAUUAAGGUCUUGCCUGAAAAAAAGCAUUUGUCUGGAUUAAGCAUGUUGCACCAAAAACUGUAUACUGUAUUAUUCAGCAUUAAUUAAGCCUUCUCAGACAUGCAAGGUACCCAUACUAUGGGCACUUUUUGCUUUUUGUGCUGCCAAUUUGGCGCUUUGCCCUUCUUCUCAAUAGAGCUGCAGGAUUCAAUGACCCUGAUUUCCAAAAAGAAGGUCAAUUUUGGAUUCUCAAAGACACAGGACAGUUUCCACUGAACCUAAGUCUCUCUUUAAUGGACUGAGAUACAGUGAAAGUUACCUACAAUUUGACCUGUAUUUGUGGAUGCAGCGACAAAUUGUGUCCACAGACAGUGAUCUUAAGACAUGAUUUUGGACCCAUUCCCUGAUUUCCACUAUAGAGUCAUGUCUGUUUUAGUACAGUGCCACCUGAGGGCCUGAUUCCACUGAGCAUUUUUUGGUCUAGAAGAGGUCUAAUAGAUGUCUAAAUGUAGCCUAGAUGACUGGUCUAAUGUCAGGCUACCACAGGUCUAAAAAUGAAAGUGUUUUUAGAUGUCUAAAUUUAGACCAUAUCUAUAUUGGACUAUAUCUAUACUACACUUUAUAUUGCUCAACGGCUAUCAUAAUUAUUUUGGUUAAGUACUUGAAGAUCAGUUAUGCAACUCACAGUUGCUUUUUUAAAUAAAUAGUUAUCAAAUAAGGGGUAAAAGUGCAAUGUUUAAAUUCCAUCAAAAAAUAUACAGAAUCUAAACGGUUGAAAUUAGGUCUAAAAAAAAAACUAGAGGUCUUAUAGCCGUCUAUUGUUCAGUGGGAUAAUCACAAUCAUUAAGUUUUUAUUUUUUGCUUGACUUCAUGUUUUUCUCCUGCUUCACUGCUUCGCUUGCUUGAUUCACUGAAGUUUAUGGCUAUAACAUUUAUUGAAGUGCUGCACUUGUAAAUCAUUUUUGUGCUCCAGGGAGGUGAUUACCAUCCAGAAGUUUCUAGAAGCGGCAGCUCGUCAAGAAACCUGCGGGAAAGUUAGAAUCCAGCAGUUUAUUGAGAACCUGUUGAGACGCAUCGCUCUGGCUGAGAGGCUGGUUGAGUAUUACCAGGUCAAUGGCAGCCCACAACAGUGCAACCACUACAAGGUACAAAAACAUACACACUCAUGAGUUACUCAAUUAUUUACAUGAGUGAAAUGUGCACAACUGUGUUAUAUUUAUCAGUCUCUCUGAAUGGGAGAUAUGAAAGUUCUACUGCACUUCAGCACCCAGAGUGUUUGAGCCCUGUUAAAUGCAACUUACUCUGACCUUUGACCUUUGCUGUGUUCUCAUUAGUACCAGCAACCAACUGAUAAUGGACCUCAAAGAAUCACAAAGAGCAGGUGAGUCCUCACUGAUCUGCAAAGUGUAAUAUAAUUACAAAUCAGAGUCCUGCGAGACAAUUUAUGCAGAAAGCAGCGGUCUUAAAUGUUGAACUAGAAAGUGCGACAUAGUUUGACGGUGUAAUAAAAUAAUUUCACUGACGAUAGACAGACAAACAACCUUCCAGAUAUCUGGUUUUGUGAUGUCCGCCCUGAUUGUAAUGAAUUUUUGGAGACUACCACUGUGAAAAACUAACUUUGAAAUAAUGACUCAAUGAUUGAAAUAAAAGUAAUCUGCAGUUAAACUCUGUUAACAUAAAAUGCAUCAGGAUUUCACUUUAAUUUAAUUGGUAAGCUGAAUCUUAAUAUUCUGUCAUAUUUGAUUCUUUUGCUUAAGACAUCUUAUUUUGUUUUCUUAUUUCACAAACGUAAUAUGAGAAAAAUUAAAUAAAAGGUUCAUUUUCAUCAUUAUGUUUAUAUAUUGUCACUAAACAAUAUAUAAACUGACCAAGGAUGUCAGUGCUGAAAACAAGCAAUUUCAGUAGACAGACUUUGAUUGGGCACAUUUCCACACAGGCAACAUUGCAGUUUGUAAUAAUUAAGACCCUGAUAUGUCUGAUGAACAGUCCUUGGUUUUGAAUAUAUACAUAUUUUUGUACCUCUCUGACCAAACUGUAUCAAGGUUUGAUACUCGGCAGUAAUCCUUUUAAGAGGGCAGGUAAACUGCUGUGUCAGUCUGCUGUUCCUCUGAUUUAAGCCAAAGGAUGACAGAGUGACUGCUAAAUAUUUGAAGAGGGUGCUUUUGUCGUCUGGUGGAUUACCACCACCCUGCUGCCAUUGUGUGUAAUUCAUUGUGAAACAUGAAACUACUACUACUUAGUCACUGGAGUAGGAUUACCUGCUUGUCUGUAUGCUCUUAAAAGCAAUGUGAGCUUGUGUUUGAUGCCUGUGCAUCACUAGUGACAAUUUUAGUUGAGGUAAAACUUUGAUAAGUUGUUUGAAACAAAGAGUUUUGAGUAACAUCGGUGCACACAACUCAAAUUUCGACUCAUUUUGGUGAUAAUUCAGUUUCAUUGUCUCAAUCAAACAUUUUGAUAUUUAGAAUAGCAAAAUAGCUUAGUGUAGUGUUCCCAUGGAAACAGAGGUCGUCAAUAAAUGGUGAUUGUCCUGUCAAAAACUAUUUCUAGAGUUUGGUCAAAAGUUGGCUUUUACUUUUUGUUGAGCUCAGAUCUAACAGAAUCAGGUGACAGCUGAAGAAAUAUAGUGUUGGGGUGUUGUGUAGUCUUACUUGCCUGAGGUGUUUAAAGACAAGGAGGUUCCCCUUUUAAAGCUUGUCACCGACUUUAAUCAAAAGAAUUAUUACCUAAAUCUGGUUUGGUUCACAUUCACUGAAUCCUGUUUCACUCUGUGUACCACUGUUCAUGUUUAUGUUACAUUUCCAGGUCGGCAGGAGGUCAGCUGUCCUCCUCUGGUCUCCAUGACAACAGGACCCACUCCUCCUCCCAGUUUGGUGGUCGCCCUCAGUUCUCUAAACCCUGCGGCGAACGAGACCGGGAGCGGGAACACCGGGAGCGACUCGCCCAGUCAUCCAGGCUGUUCUGCCGACCCGAACACAGAGACGAUAUCUGGAACCACCAGCGGCGUCGCUCUGCAGGGUAUGAGGCGUAGAAGUGUAGAGAAACACCAGAGGAGAGGGGGUGUCAUGGGGAUUCAACAAGUACUUCCAUUUCAGUGUGCUAACCUGUGGAAAAGUACUAACAGGCCACAUUCACUCCAAGCUUCUCUGAGGCAUUUCUUCAAAUAUCUAUUGGAAAAAUCUUUGGAGAUUGAUAAAUAAACCAAUUUUCUUUGAUGCAUAAAAAACAUUAUUGUUCCAAAAAAAUCCAUCAUACAGCAUAAUAAGAAAAAAUAAGCAAUUCUGGAGUCACAGCAACUUUUCUAAAAUGGCUCUUUACAUAGUUUUGAAGAACAUCACUUUGGCAGGGAGAGAAAAUCAAAUAACUGUUUUUAUACAAAAAAAGAAGAUGCUUUGUACUACAACAUUAAGAACAUAAUUUUAGUCAUUUCUUGCAUUGUACAGCAUUGGGACUUUAAAAUUAAACAAAUCAAACAAGAAAACUCUUAGAAUCAGCCGAUUAUAAACCUUACUAUACAGUGAGAACACAAUAUCUGCCUACCGCUUAGCUCUAAUAAUGACCACAUAUAACAAACGUUUUUUUUUUUUGUUUUCUUUUUUUAUUGCAUCAGGGCUUAGGACAAUAUAACGUAUGUUAACAUAUAUAACAUACAACAGUUAUUAUCACAGAGUAACAGGGUUAAACAAAGUGCAAUAAUAAAGAAUAUGAUAGUGAAUUGUAAAGAUUCUUCAUUGCCAGCACUCUUAAGCAGUUCUUUUGUACUUUUCCGCUGAUAAUUAUACUGAAUUAGAUCGUUAUAAAGUGUUGCAUUUAAGGUAUGGGUGGGUAAGCUGUCAGUAUCCAAACUUUAUCAUCUCUCAGCACAAAUUAUAACAUUUAUUACAAUGUUGUGUCUCAGUAUUGAGGGAUAAUUAAGUUCAGAUUCCUCUACGCUGUACUUUUGGGGAACUUCAAGUAUGUAUGUGUUUUUGUAUCUAUCAUCUUAUUCAGUAUUCAUAUCAUGUUGAGGUUUUAUCAUGAAAAAAAGUAGUUGUAAUGAAAUGAGCAGAUCCCAGUGACAUGUCCUCUCCUCUGGUUGAACUUUUACAUGCUGGUCUGGUUCCCCAAAAACCCCUCAAGCAGUCCAGUCAUCCUGUUUCUGUCUGUGCUUUGAAGACCAAGUUUUGAUGUUUAUCACAGUUCCUCGUUAAUUUGGUCAUUAUCAACAGCUCAGCAAAUGUAACCAAUCUUUGUUUUUAUAGUUUAAAGCAAGGACAUGGAUCUGUAGGCUGGAGGCUGAAGGGUGUUCCUAUUCCUGCUGGAGCAAACAUGACCAAGAAGCUGGUUUAAAAGCCAGUUUGGUUUAGUUUUGAAUGGGUGUCAUUUUUAUGAAAACUUAUUUACAACUUACACACCAGGUCAUGUCAUCAUAACUUGACAAACUUUCCUGUUUCUGUAUCUAGACUGUUGUUAAUUUCUAAUGUUUGGAGGAAGCGUUUUUCUGAUGAAGAUGCAGCACCAUUGGAGCUCUGAUUUGGUUUGAGGCACAGACAGAAGUUUGAUGACGUCAGGCCUGGGUCAAAUAAACUGUGUGCAUGUUAAUCUUGGUCUUUGUUUGCAGACAACAGUAGGACUUAUAUAGUUGAGUGUUCAAAGAGAAAACAAAAGAGGUAUGGUUAAUUAAAUAUACUUAUAUAUUUUUAAUUCAUCUCUGGCUGGAGUUGUUCUUUACAGUCAGAUGUCAACAAUCUUCUACCAGAGCAGGGGACUGGAGAGUAAAGCCACAUUUGCUAUGAUGACUAUUUCUUGUUGAAUAUCCCUCGCUUUUUAUAUAUAUAUAUAUAUGAGUUUUUCUUCAUUCUGGCAUAGAACAAAGACUGGAUGCUCAAAGAAACUACUUGGUUUGAACCAUCAGUGAAAACAACUCCAAAGAUGUCUGGACUGAAGUACCACCAAACUCAAUCUUUUUCAUUUUAAUUAAGUUUAGCUGUAAAAAAACAAAAGCGAAUGAUUGGACUUGUUAGUUUACAUUUCUAAUGUUUAUUAUCAUUUAUAGAUCCCAUGUGCAAACCCACAUCAUCAACUGAUCUGGUCUGUUUGAAAAAUAACCGUUUCAUUAUGGCUUUUUGCUAAAUUUCUUGCAAAGGAAUAUGAUCUCUAAUUAGUCCCUAAUUUCUCCGGUUUGAUAAAAUCUACAUAUUUUAAAAAUCUUUUAGGUUUUGUUUUUAUUUGUUAGUAUUUCUGGCUUUUGUCUGCAUUUGGCUAAACUACAGCAACAUGGUGUAAGAAGUUUAGCUUCAUCAAAUUUAUACUCAUAUUUUGUACAUAUUCACUAUGAUUUCAUCAGCGAUGAUGAUAAUUAUUUUUAGUAUCAUCUGUAUUGUUUUAUGUUGCCUAUAGUCAGUCAAAGUCAAGUCUAUCUUUAAAGCAACUACACUCAAGCCAGGUAAAGAAAAUUAACCUACUUUCCCUCUAAUAGUGUCCAUUCUAUAGCUUCACUCUUCACUGUGCAUAUUUUAAAAUACAGCUUUACAUCUAUGACAUGUUGCCGAGAACUUUGGUCUCUGAGAAGAACUGAUUGGCUUGGAGAGAGAGUAAGGAAGUCAAGAGACAGACAGAUGACGAUGACAGAGGAAAGUAUCUUUUCAUUCCAAGUGUUCUUUCUGUCAGCUAUGACCGACUGAGAUUUAUACAAAUCAUUUUUAUGACCUGCUGAACCAAAUAAGAUCAUCAGUGAGAGGAUUGAUCAUGUCUUUUGAGUAUCUAUAAUUUCCAUGGACAGGAUUUGUGAUGAGGGAUACAUUUGACUGUUAAAAUAAGGCAGCAUGACAUUUUUGGACAAGGACAAGGUUGGCAGAGAAUGUUUUGUCCACAUGGGGGCGCCAAAGUUUACACAAACUGAAAGUUCCUGACAAGUGUUUCAAGCCAGAGAGAAGGCUCUGUGUUGAUUGUCUUUGCACCAAAACACAAAAACAAAUUCCCGGUGUGUGCAAACCCUCUCUGCGUCUAAGCUGAUUCUGAUUCUUAACCUGAUUUGGGUGGAAAACUUAAAAGCACAGUAUGGCAGUUCAAAUUGUUUGGAGUUGUUUGGAUGAGCUUUUUCUUCACUCUUAAUGGAGCUCUGCAGUUUCUUCCUGCUUCCAGUCUUUUAACUCUUUUACAGAAAACUUUAACCUUAAAGCUUGUUAACUUCACACUUUCAUAAAAUGUGCUUUACAACUGAAUUUACUCUCCGCUUCAUCCUCUAAUAGGAAUGAGCUGUGUGCAUGUAAGUCGGGUUUGGCCCAGGUCUGUCGGACCCCACUCAUAUAACGAAUGUACACUGAGUUAAUGUAUAACUCACUCUGAAGAGAUGCUGUGUUCAAAGGCCUGGCAUUUGUCCCGGCUUGAACUGGCACUCAUUCACACAGAAACGGGUGGAGAUUCUCCGAUCACUACUGAAUGACGUCGCAUCAGCGCUCUCAUCCAAAGUGACUUACAGUGCCGUGAAUGCAAACAGUUCACUUGCAGUAUACUAAACAGCUUAUGACGGCUUGUUUAACCGAGUCAUUCCUUCCUCUGCGUCAUCAUGUAUGAUCUGUUUACACGUCAUUUUUGCACUCAUCCAAUGAUAAGAAUGUAAAUGUAAAAGACAGUGUUUGGUGUAAAAUGUAUCUUUGCUGUCGUUGGUUUAGGUUUUGUCGACAGUGUUAAUAGAUAUUUUGUAUACAAAGCUAAUAUGUGUCGUCAAGUGGAAGUAGUAGAUUUACAGUACUUAAACUUGGCAGAGCACUAAUCGGGGUCAAACACAAAACAGAUCUUUUUAUUGUUUUGAACAGGGUGUCUGCAGGUCCUGAAAAGUUCCUCAAAAUCCUCAACAAAGUCAUGAAAAUUCUUCAGGAUCUGUCUCAGAAAUGGACAACUCACGUUUAAUUUUCCUAAAACUACAUCAUGGUGUACUGCCUCUCUUCUUAUUGGUCACCAUGAUGGUUUUCUUAUUUAUUUCAAUUCUCAAUUGGUGUCAGUAAGAUAAAAAGCAUGUGUUGAAACUUUGUGAUUAGAACCUGCACACACCCUUUUCAAAGACCUGACCAGCAGUUUUGUCAAUCAUUAUUUGGUCCAAGAAAGUUGCCAAUUUAUGAAGCCAAAUAAUGUAUUUUCUGUCAUCUGUAUGACUGAAAUGUAUACAGUAGUUUCAGCGACACCUGAUGCCACUCUAUAUGGACUAUAUCUUCUGCUUCACAGUCUUAAAAGCAUUAACCAACGUUACUUUUACUGGUGUUAAGAGCCCUGAAUUACUGGAGGUAAACUUGAGUUUUUGUCAAGUUUGCUCUUCACUGCUUCUUACCACACAAAAACCUGAUCCUGAUGAAUUUGGAGCUGGUUGAUUUGAGCACUUUGUGAAUUUUAGCGCUGAUAAUAAGAGCCCAGGAGUUACUGUCGCUGUCGAUCAAAAACCCCAUUUCUCUUUGUUUUACGGUGAAUAAAAACGAAGCGCAAUCUUGCACUGAAAUGUGUACAGAGUGAACAUAAAAUAAGAGUUACAUUUAAGAGGUGAAUAUGUCCCUAUAAGCAUGGUGGUGUUGCUAAAUCUCUUAUCUGAUCAUAUCUAAAUCCCCCCCUGACAACUCAACAAAAAGAGGUCUUAGUCCAGUGUCUGUGAAUCCACUAAAUAUUGAAAUGGUGGUUUUUGUGAUCUGAAGGAAAAUCAGAAAAUCCCAAACCCACACAUAUAUCUUAUUUAUUUAUUUUAUCUGCCAGUGAGAAAAUACAUGACUGUGCAGCACCACACGCUGUAAAAACUAAUGCAUCUGUCUUUUUGCCUAAUUUCCAUCACUCUACUGGCUAAGAUAACCACAAAUAUUAGAUUGUAAUGUGCAUCAUAAUGCCGAUGAAUAACUCUAGUUUAAAAAGUCUGCUUUUUUUCUCAUUUAUCAGCAUUAUUAAGUUGUUUGAUUCAGUCAAACAUCCAUCUCUAAUUGUGAUCAAAUUACUGAUUCAUCCACAUCCCUGGGUUUGUAACUGAAACUUCCAUAGAGAUAAGAAGGCAACAUAGUUUUAUUUUUAUGCAUUUUUUUCUGUUUGGCCUUUAGGUUGCUUUGUCUCCUACAUAGUAAAACUAUGCUUUUAUUUUGAAGUAUAAGCUACUUCCAUUAAAAAAAAAAAGUUAAAAGAACAGUUACCAAUUAUAAACGUUAAAUUAAUAAGUAAUCCGCAGGGGCACUAGCUCUAACCUUGCAUUUGAAUUAAUGAAAACUUGUUAUCAAACAUGUCUCAUCAUCUCUAACUGCUGCUGCUGCUUCCGUCCUCUGUUUUAUUAUGUGUGGUAACAGCAUAGAGGGCCUAAGCUAUGAACUCACAGUAUAACUGUUAGCUGAUUUCAAGCACAAUAACAUUACUUAAUAUUUUUGAUAAAGAUGGUUAUCAUCAAAACUGAUAUAUUACAACUGUCCUGAUCUCAGUUAAUGGCUGAUUAUUGCUUUUGUCAUUGGCUGAGUACAAACUACUGUCCCAUAUAUUUUGUAGGUUAAUCUUAGUUCAUUUGAAUAAAUUCAGAUAAUUGGCAUCAAAUCGUAAACCACCUGUUGCAGAAAACCAGGGAUCGCCUCCACAUUCACUUUAAUGAGCCGGUAUUUAGGAUUAAGGAAAGUUUUUAGGUAGAAACUGGAAGAUAAUCAAUCGUGAGUAUGUUUUCAUUCAUAAAUGCUGAGUCUCUACAGUUACCUGACAGAGGAGGGAAGUACAAACCUAGAAGGUGUUCACUGGUUGACCACUAGAUGUCCCUAACAUCUUCAUUUUUAAAAUGUGUGAAGCUCUUUUGAGGAGAUUUUAAAAGCUAAUUAUGAAACUAACAACCUUCUCGCUAAUGGGCUCAUUUUUUUCUUGUAGGUCAGGAACAACCAUCAGUAUUAAUAUCUGUUUAUUUCUGUAGUUAUUUGUGUUGCUUGUACCUUUCCCUCAAGCUCACUGCGGGGGACACCUUUGUCUGUUAAAUAAUGAAAGGAUUUGAAGAGAGCAUUCACACAAAGGAAGGACAAAAUCAGACAAGAGUCAAACACUUUUUGGUUCACAGGAGACCCCCUUCUUUUUUUAUUCUACCAAUAUAUAUGAUAUAUAUAUAUGACCAAAUAUAUGACCAAAAAAACCUCCAUGAGACAGGAGUUGUGGGGUUUUUGGUUGAACAGUGGCAUAAUUCUUCUUAACUGUGGGGGGACUCUGUGCAGUUUCUCUCCUGUCCUGCAUCCUGUUGUGUUUUUUCAGCUCUCAGUCAUUGGAAAGACGGUGGAAGAUGCAUGAGAAAGCCCUACUACUACUACUACUACAUAUGUAGCUAUUGUGUUACUGUGACAGCAUGCUUCAUAUGUAGCAAAAAAAAGUACUUAUAAAAUACUGUUAUCUUGUACUACUAUGUGUACUUUUGUAGCAGAGCGAGGUCUAUUUUAGUGGUACAGUCUUUGAAGGAAAGUUGCACUAAACAACCCGGAUCACUUGGCGUGGAGCUGUGGGCCUAAGUAUGAAAGGAGUGUUGUUAACUGGACAAUCAGCAGGUUUGAAAUAAAGUGGAAAAGGAGUUUUUAUCUUUACUGUGUUUUGAAAUGAUUUGGGGGCGAUGUGCAAGAGCUGUGAAUCCUUGAGAGAAUUUGCUUGAGAAGUGGGUGAAAACAUAACCAAACAAGUAAUCCGUUAGUUUGAUUUUACUCGACCUUCCCUGCAGUGAGUGGGUAGAGAAAAUGUUAGUUUUUAUGUUGUGUAAAUCUGUUUCUGCAUCAACUUUGAUAUCCUUGAGUUCAUCAUGUUUGUCUGUAGGGAUUUUUCAUUUGCAGAAGUAAUCUCUAGUUUUGUGCCUUCACUCAAAAACUCUGUAGUCUGUAUAACACUGUGCAAAAUGCAAUACUGUGAAGAACUGAAAUACUUUUUAUGUUCAAACCUGUUGGUCUAUGUGAAAACCAUCCAAGAUUAAAGAUGAAAAAUGACACCAGGA